AUGCAAGAUGAAGAACACGGCCCCUACCAAUUAGGCACGAGAGGUACCCCGCAGGGCGCAGCCCUCUCAUCUCUACUGUUCAAUUUGGCAAUGAUGAAACUCCCGGCUCAGCUGGAGAGUGUAGAAGGCAUACAGCACGCGCUGUUUGCCGACGACGUUACCAUCUGGGCUAAACACGGAUCGGUAGGAGACAUUGAGGCCAACCUGCAGCAAGCGGCGGAGAUCGUGGACGCCUACACCCGCCACUGUGGCCUUCAAUGCUCCCCUGCCAAAUCGGAAUUUGUGCACAUUCACCCCUCGCCAAAGUGCACUACCAAAAUUGAACUGUCCCUAGCUAGCGGACCUAUCCCAGAACACGACGAGAUCAGAGUACUGGGUCUCUUAAUUCAUAAACACCGCCGAGUCGACACAACACUGGCCAAACUGCGCAAGGUGGGGGACCAGGUGGGCCGCAUGGUCCACCGGGUCUCCAAUAAAUGCGGGGGGUUACGGUGCAAAAACGCCUUGCGGCUGGCGCACGCAUUCGUAACCAGUCGAGUCUUUUACUCAACUCCUUACCUCCACCUUCGCAGGUUGGACGUGAACGCCCUCAAGGUGGUUCUCCGUAAAAUUUACAAGCGUGCUCUCGACCUCCCGGUCAACACGUCCAACCAGCGCCUCCUGGGCCUGGGGAUGGUCAACACCUUCGCGGAGCUCCGAGAAGCACACUUGAUGAACCACUACAAAAGACUCUCAAGGACGCCGUCGGGUCGCCGCCUUCUUGCCCGUACACAUCCAACACUAACGGAAGAGUGA